CAAGAUGUCACUGAAAGUACAGACAAGUAACAUCACAAACAAGAAUGAUCCCAAGUCCAUCAACUCCAGGGUCUUCAUUGGGAACCUCAACACAGCAGUGGUCAAGAAGUCAGAUGUAGAGACCAUCUUCUCUAAAUAUGGCAGAGUGGUGGGCUGCUCUGUGCACAAAGGCUAUGCAUUUGUACAAUACUCAAAUGAGAGGCAUGCACGGGCUGCUGUCCUAGGGGAGAAUGGGAGAGUACUCGCCGGUCAGACUCUAGAUAUAAACAUGGCUGGAGAACCGAAGCCCAACAGACCAAAAGGACUAAAGAGAACAGCAUCUGCCUUGUACAGCAGUGGCUAUGACUUUGACUAUGAUUACUACAGAGAUGAUUUCUAUGACAGACUCUUUGAGUAUCGCGGAAGAGUCUCUCCCAUCCCCAGGAUGAUUCCUGUGAAGCGGCCACGAGUCACCAUCCCUUUAGUACGGCGUGUCAAAGCAACUAUCCCCGUCAAGCUCUUUGCCAGAUCUGCUGCUCUUGUGAACAGUUCAGCCAAAUUAAAAUUGAAAUGCAAUGAACUGCAGACAAUUAAAACUGAGCUGACCCAGAUCAAAUCCAACAUUGAUGCUCUCUUGGGCAGAUUGGAGCAGAUUGCUGAACAACAGAAAGCACCUACAGAAGUUAGGAAAAAAGCAGAUGGAAACAAAAGUGAAAUUUCUCAAGAAGACACAGCGUCAGAAGCAGACAUGAACACAGAAGAACCAUUAAAUGGGGAAGAAGAAGAAGAAGAGGAGGAGGAAGGUCUUGUGCAGGAUGACUGUGAUGAUAAAUUGAAGGACUGCAACAUACAUCAGGUACCACAGGCAUAUACGGGACAUUACCUGCAUUUUCAUACUGACAUCCCAUUGAUAUUGUCCUGAAACUAUCACUCAGCUGCCUUGCUGCUAACAUGAAAAGAAACAGAAAAGGAAGAAGAGGGGAAAUUACGGAAAAGAUGGUGAAAGAAACUUCGGCCUACAAGUGAUUAACCAAUCAGCAGCAGUGUUGUCUUUCUCUAUCCCUUGACAGCCAUUGGGCUACAUAAUUCUAUUUUUAUGUCAACCUUCUCUACUUACUGCAUCUAUUAAUAUUUGCCCUUGGUAUUUCAUACAAAGGUAGAGGAAAUAUUAUAUAAAUUCAAAAUAAUAAACCAAUUACUUUUUUUUCUCCCCCUCCUUCCUUCACUUAGCAUGUCAGCACAACAGCAACAAAAAGAGGGAGGAGCACAAGAAGUUAAAACUUGUCUUGACAUGUUGAGCUGGACAAAUGUUGACAUGCAGGGCUGCCACUGGGUCUCUGCCUGGAAUUCAAAAGGAGACCAUGGACCAAUAUCUCCAAGCACUUUUGUAGGACACAGGAAAGUUGCCAUCCCCAUUGACUGUCAUCACUACUCCCACUACACACACACCCCACACACCCCACCCCCUUCAUUGUACUACACUUGGAGCCUUGUAAUCAGUAUCCACUACUGAAACUGAUUUUGUAUUGAGAGAUGAAAAGUUGAGCUUUUUCUUUCUAGUGGCAGGAAAAGAAACAGUCUGUAGAAAGUCUACUUUCUUGAGGCAAGAGGGACUGUGGUGUGUAAUAAGAGUGCUAUUCCACACUAUACAAUGUGUGGUUUUGCAUUUGAAAUCCUGACCGUGCCUGGUUAAUCAGGUUGCCUCCUAGUGGUCCAUUUCUUUUGUUAGCCUUGGUCCAGUGCAGCUUCCUACAGUGUUGCAUUAGGAGCACACCCUUUAUCCUCUGAGAUAUCACCUGGUGAGAUGAAUGUGGUUGUUAUCAGGUCUCUUUUCACAGAAGUAAAACAAUCCUCCAUCCAGUUUCCUAAAGAUUAGGAAGGCAAAUAAUUGUUCUAUAUUAUAGAAGCAGAAAGGAACACUGACUAAAGUUGGGACAUACAGCAUAACAGGUACACAUAUUUUGACCCAAGCAUUUCAUAAGAAGGAUUAUGAAUGAAAUAUUCACUUUAUGACUCAGCCAUGCAGCCAUUAAGGUUCCAAAAUAUAAUUUACAGUUGUUCAUCUCAAGGGUUCACAAAAUCUAGCCUUGAAGACUCAACAAGGGCAAUUGAAGACAUAGAUAGCACAGUGUGUCCUGAUUUUUUUAAUUACAAGAGACCUAAAUGCAAAAGAAAAAUAUAUUUCUUCUCUGUUGACCUUUUUCUGACAUGCAAGUUUAUUUAUUUAUUUAUUUAUAUUUCAAAUUUGUCACCGCCCAUCUCACUGCAGAGCAACAAAUACUUUCAACCAGCCCAUACUCUGAAACACAAAAAAUAUUGUGUGGUUUAUUAAACUGAAAUCUCCUACAAAAUUGUAUUAUCCUUCAUUAUCUUUGUUUUUCAAGAUCCCCUUCUUUGUACAAUAAGAUGGUUUAUUCCUAAUUGCCAACUUCAAAAAUAGAUGGAGUGUUGGUUGCUUACCAGAGUAAUCCAGUGUUUCAGACUCCAACUAUUAUUCAGGAAAGCAGGGUGUAAAUCACAUUUUCAUACAGGCCAAAUUCAGAAGAUCUGAUCCUACCCUUCUUUCUAAGGAUUUCUGCUGGAAGAUAUACAACCAGAUAUAAGGAAUUUCUCUCCUUCAGGACAUGUUAACAGAUGAUUGCGUCUCUCAAAGCACAGAAAUUUACAACAAUUUCUUUGUUGAAAAUACAAGUUACAAACAGGCAAGCAUUGUUUUUCUUUCGUUCUCUUUCUCCUGUUGGGUCUUCUCUAUUAGCUUAUCCUGCAAAAUUUGGCCACUUUGGUGUCCUGAGCUAUUUUCAAAAUGCUUCCUAGACUUUGUUUUGCUAUGAACCAACUGCAGGACUGAAGAAUGGAAGAAAUUGGGUGGGGGGAUUUGUACAUAAAAUCCUGUAUAAUAAAA